GCGGGGCCCGAGCGGCGUGGCCAUGGCCGGCCGCGCUCGCAGCCUGCUGCUCCUCGUCCUGGUUGCCCACGGCAGCUGCCUGGGCUUCCGAAGCCCGCUCUCUGUCUUCAAGAGGUUUAAGGAACCUACCAGGUCAUUUUCCAAUGAAUGCCUUGGCACCACCAGACCAGUGAUCCCCAUUGACUCAUCAGAUUUUGCGUUGGAUAUUCGCAUGCCCGGGGUUACCCCUAAACAGUCGGAUACGUACUUCUGCAUGUCAAUGCGUUUGCCAGUGGAUGAGGAAGCCUUCGUGAUUGACUUCAAACCUCGUGCCAGCAUGGAUACUGUCCAUCACAUGUUACUUUUUGGAUGCAAUAUGCCUUCGUCCACUGGAAGUUACUGGUUCUGUGAUGAAGGAACCUGUACAGAUAAAGCCAACAUCCUGUAUGCCUGGGCAAGAAACGCGCCCCCUACCAGGCUCCCCAAAGGUGUUGGAUUCAGGGUUGGAGGAGAGACUGGAAGUAAAUACUUCGUCCUACAAGUACACUAUGGGGACAUCAGUGCUUUUAGAGACAAUCACAAGGACUGUUCUGGUGUGUCCAUACAUCUCACACGGCAGCCACAGCCUUUAAUUGCUGGCAUGUACCUUAUGAUGUCUGUUGACACUGUUAUACCAGCAGGAGAGAAAGUGGUGAAUUCUGACAUUUCAUGCCAUUAUAAGAAGUAUCCAAUGCAUGUGUUUGCCUAUAGAGUGCACACUCACCGUUUAGGAAAGGUAGUAAGUGGGUACAGACUAAGAAAUGGGCAAUGGACACUGAUUGGACGCCAGAGUCCGCAGCUGCCACAGGCUUUCUACCCUGUGGAACACCCAGUUGAUGUUAGUUUUGGUGACAUCCUGGCAGCAAGAUGCGUGUUCACUGGUGAGGGAAGGACAGAAGCCACGCACAUUGGCGGCACUUCUAGUGAUGAAAUGUGCAACUUAUACAUUAUGUAUUACAUGGAAGCCAAGCAUGCAGUUUCUUUCAUGACCUGUACACAGAAUGUAGCCCCAGAUAUGUUCAGAACGAUCCCACCAGAGGCCAACAUCCCAAUUCCUGUGAAGUCUGACAUGAUCAUGAUGCAUGGACAUCACAAAGAAACAGAGAACAAAGAUAAGACAGCAUUACUACAGCAGCCAAAACGGGAGGAAGAACAAGUGUUAGACCAGGGUGAUUUCUAUUCACUCCUUUCCAAGCUGCUAGGAGAAAGGGAAGAUGUUGUUCAUGUGCACAAAUACAAUCCUACAGAAAAGGCAGAACCAGAGUCAGACCUGGUAGCUGAGAUUGCAAACGUAGUCCAGAAAAAGGAUCUCGGUGGGGCUGAGGCCAGAGCGAGCGCAGAGCGUGAGGAGAGGGGCAAUGCUAUUCUCAUCAGAGACAGAAUUCACAAAUUCCACAGACUAGAGCCCACCUUGAGGCCAGCAGAGAGCAGAGUGUUCUCAUUACAGCAGCCCCUACCUGCUGAAGGCGCCCGGGAACAGGAAAACACAGGAGAUUUCCAUAUGGAAGAAGCCCUGGACUGGCCUGGAGUAUACUUGCUGCCCGGCCAGGUUUCUGGGGUGGCUUUGGACCUUAUGAAUAACCUGGUGAUUUUCCACAGAGGGGACCAUGUCUGGGAUGGAAACUCUUUUGACAAUGAGUUUGUUUACCAGCAAAGAGGACUUGGACCCAUUGAAGAAGAUACUAUUCUUGUUGUAGAUCCAAAUAAUGCCGCAAUACUCCAUUCUAGUGGGAAAAAUCUGUUUUACUUGCCACAUGGCCUGAGUGUAGAUAAUGAUGGAAAUUACUGGGUCACAGACGUGGCUCUGCAUCAGGUGUUCAAACUGGAUCCAAACAGUAAAGAAGGCCCCCUCUUAACCCUGGGACGGAGCAUGCAGCCUGGCAGUGACCAGAAUCACUUCUGUCAACCCACUGACGUGGCUGUGGAUCCAGGCACAGGCGCCAUCUACGUAUCCGAUGGUUACUGCAACAGUCGGAUUGUGCAGUUCUCACCAAGUGGGCAGUUCAUCACACAGUGGGGAGAAGAGACUUCAGGGAGCAGUCCUAAACCAGGGCAGUUCAGUGUUCCUCACAGCCUGGCCCUGGUGCCCCAUUUGGGACAGUUAUGUGUGGCAGACAGGGAAAAUGGUCGGAUCCAGUGCUUUAACACUGACACCAAAGAAUUUGUGAGAGAGAUUAAGCACGCGGCAUUUGGAAGAAAUGUAUUUGCAAUUUCAUACAUACCAGGUUUGCUCUUUGCGGUGAAUGGGAAGCCUUACUUCGGUGAACAGGAACCUGUGCAAGGAUUUGUAAUGAACUUUUCCAGUGGGGAAAUUAUAGAUGUCUUCAAGCCUGUACGCAAGCAUUUUGACAUGCCUCAUGACAUCGUUGCUUCUGAAGACGGGACUGUGUAUGUUGGAGACGCUCAGACCAAAACCGUGUGGAAGUUCACCUUGACGGAAAAAAUGGAACAUCGAUCAGUUAAAAAGGCUGGCCUUGAGGCCCAUGAUGUUAAAGAAGCCGAGGCAGUUGUUGAAAGCAAAAUGGAGAACAAACCCACUUCCUCAGAAUUGCAGAAGAUGCAAGAGAAACAGAGACUGAUCAAAGAGCCCGGCUCGGGAGUGCCCAUUGUUCUCCUUACCACCCUUCUGGUUAUUCCGGUGCUUGUCCUGUUGGCCAUUGCCCUAUUUAUUCGAUGGAAAAAAACAAGGGCCUUUGGAGAUUCUGAACACAAACUCGAGGCGAGUUCAGGAAGAGUACUGGGAAGACUUAGAGGGAAAGGAAGCGGAGGCUUAAACCUCGGGAAUUUCUUUGCCAGCCGCAAGGGCUACAGUCGAAAGGGGUUUGACCGCCUCAGCACCGAGGGGAGCGACCAGGAGAAAGAUGAGGAUGAGGGGAGCGAAUCGGAAGAGGAGUACUCAGCACCAGUACCUGCCCCUGCUCCUUCCUCCUGAGAACCAGGCGGUGAGCUGGGCGGAGCGAGAGCUACCACAAAUGCCCGAUUCCUUUCCCUUUUAGCACGUUUAAAGUUUUGUGGAUUUAAUUGUAACCCCCACGUGGGACUGUGCACAUUUUAUUUUCUUCAUUUCGGUUAAGUCGGCUUCUGUUUCUAGUGGAGGAGUUUCUAAAGGUUCAGAACAGUGCCAUUGUUGUGGAUAUGAACGUAGAGUAGAGGACCCGUCCUCUUCCUCCCUGCUGGUACUGCUCCCUCAAUGGACGCUUUGCUCAUUUGCAUCUUGGAGACUUUUGUUCGUGGAUGUAAAUAUCCCCAUUCUCUGCUUGAGCACAGUCUUUCCCCAGAGCCCUCCCUCCCAUCGCCAGUGUCUUUCUUUGGUGCCUUUCCUGUUCAGCAUCCUCAGCCUGUGGCAGUAAAGAGAAACUUUGUGCUACACGACGACAAAGCUGCUAAAUCUCCUUCUAUUUUUUUAAAAUCACUAACAUUAUAUUGCAAUGAGAGAAAGAAAAAAAAGUAUUUAAAUCCUUUUUUUAGUUUCUUCUUCAGUUGGUGUGUUCGGGGAUGUCUUAUUUUUAGAUGGUUACACUGUUAGAACACUAUUUUCAGAAUUUGAAUGUAAUUUGUGUAAUAAAGUGUUUUCAGAGCAUUAGCUGUCACCGUGUAUUUUGCGAUUUUUGUGUAUUUGCAGGGUUUCGUAUAAAAUGUUUGUAAGAAUACACAAGCCAGAGGUGUAGUGAAUCUACUCAAUGUCUUCAACCAGCAGAUAUUUUGUUAAGUAGCC